GCUGCGCGCGCGCUUCCUGUGAGGUCAGGUGGGAGGAAGCGGCCUGGGAGCCGCGGGGAGUGGACGCCGCCGAGGCCCGGAGCCGCACCUGCAGCCUUUUUGAGGUCAGAGGAGACAGCCCAGCAGGGGCCCAGAGCUCCUGAGAGCAUGGUGCGGAUCUUGGCCAAUGGGGAGAUCGUGCAGGACGAUGACCCCCGCGUGAGGACUACCACCCCGCCACACAGUAGCACCCCUCGACAGAGCUUUCUCAAUAGGGGUCAUGGUGCACCCCUGGGGGGUCCUGGCCCCCGACAGCAGCAAGCGGGGGCCAGGCUGGGUGCUGCUCAGUCCCCCUUCAAUGAUCUCAACCGGCAGCUGGUGAACAUGGGCUUCCCCCAGUGGCAUCUCGGCAACCACGCUGUGGAGCCCGUGACCUCCAUCCUUCUCCUCUUCCUGCUCAUGAUGCUCGGCGUGCGUGGACUCCUGCUGGUGGGCCUCGUCUACCUGGUGUCCCACCUGAGUCAGCGGUGACCUCUGCGCGAGGGGCAGGCGUGGGGUAGAGGGAGUUGCUGGGCCUUGGUGUGAGAGCAGGCACGCAGGGCAGGGAGGGGACCUACCUAGUGGUGCCUUGAGAUGUUUUUAGGUGGUACUGGGCCUGCAUUCAGCACAAAGUCAGAGCAAGCAAGGGAUUCCCUUUCCAUUUUCUUCCAAUCCUUUUAUGCCAAGAAGACAGUCUCAGCUUGGUGCCAAUAUGUUCUCAUGCCCCUGGAACACUAGGGAGCAGACCCUGGGCUCAGGGCAGCUGCGGAAAGUUUCCAGACUUUUAUAGCUCUUGUUUUGUUUUAAUGGUAUAUUUUUAUUGGCUACCUUUUAUUUAUGGCAGGUGGUAUUGGCAUUCUAUUUAUUGUGGUGGUGUUUUCAAUAAAUAAAUUUAAGUAAAGAUGA